GCCGGGAUCAGUGGCACAACAAAACCAGCAGCAGUCAAGAUGUGCAGUAGUGUGUCUUUGGUGUACCAUGUAUCCAUGAUAUUGGCGUUUUUGAUGAUGAUAGUGAAACACGUUUUUGCUGGUGAACCGGUGAUCAGGUAUCAGACUGCAGCUGCUGGCGUGAUUUUGAGUCCACUGUAUCCGGAUUCGGAAUAUCCACCCAGCUUGAAUGUUGAGUGGCGUUUCCGCCUCUUUCCUGGUGACACCUUCGAACUUGACCUGGAUCGUCUGAGUCCUCAUGGACUGUCAAAAGCCGAAGGAGACACAGACCGUGUGGAGCUUGUGUUGGAAAGUGGCGCCAGACGCGAGGUGGUAACUCUGAUGCACGCGGGACCAGAGCCCAACAAGAAUCUCAGUGACCACAUUGCCAAUGGUGGAGCCUGGUUCAACAAGACGGCCAUUGGAGCCCAGGAGGCCAGGGUCACUUUGCGAUUCCACUCGGACAGUUCCGGAAGUGGAGUGGGUUUCCGGGCCCACUACCGCAUCUCGUGUACCAAUGCCUCUGCCCAGUGCCUCAAUGGUGGCACCUGCGAACCACAGAGGACCUACGACCCGUUCCAGGCAGAUGUAAGACAAGAGGAGCCAUUGUGUCACUGUCCAGACCAGUUCACCGGGGAGCGAUGCGAAACUUACUUGCCCUGCUACGAGCUGGCCUGCGAACCUGGGGCCACGUGCCACUCUGACCUGGCAGCAGGGACAGUGUCCUGUAGGUGCGUCAGGGACGGCUACAUGGACCUGCAGGGCCGCUGCGUGGACGUGGACGAGUGCAGCUUGAGCCUCAAUUCUCCACCUUCUGCUGGCAAGCCAGAAUAA